AUGCCGGUGGUGCAGGGCGGCACUAAUGUCCUCCCUAUUUUAGCUCGGCUCACAUUCAUCACUACGUUGUUUUCUGUCGCACAUCAGGACCUGGGGAGUUCAGACGGGCCCCCCCGGAACUGGAAGGGCAUAGGGAUCGCUAUGGUGGUGAUCCUGGCCGUUAUGUCCCUGGUCAUCCUCUCUGUCGUCAUCCUCACGCCGGACGAGUCUCACUUGUUACUCCUCUCCCAUGUGACCAUGGAGGAUCUGGACAGAGAAGAGUUUAAACUUCACGAUCCCUGUGCGGCGUGGUUGAACGAUAGCGAAGUUGCCCUGCGAACCAGAGAGGGACAUGUCCUGACAUUCACCUUCAACAACAACCUAACCACCACCCUGCUGGACAACAGCUCUCUGGACCUGACCUCAACUAAAUUCCAGGUGUCUGCAGACAAGAGUUUCGUCCUCUUGGCGUAUAACAUUCGACCGGUGUUUUCUCAGUCCUUCACAGCCUCCUAUGCUAUCUACAGUGUGGCUAAUGGGGAUCUGCAGGAGCUUAGCCCUCCAGAGAGGGACACGGCAGAGUUGCAGUAUGCUUCCUGGGGACCGCAGGGGAACCAGCUGGCCUUCGUGUUCGACGGCGAUAUCUACUACAAGCCCAGCGUGGCGGGCAACCCGCUGCGCCUCACGUCCACCGACGAGGACCAGAAGGUGGUGAACGGACUCUCUGACUGGACUUAUGAAGAGGAGGUGCUUCUGACGUAUGCUGCCCACUGGUGGUCAAUGGACGGUGCCCGGCUUGCAUAUCUCCGCAUCAAUAACUCUGCAACACCUGUGAUGGAAAUCCCUCAGUUCCUCGGAGGCCUCUACCCAUCCAAUAUGAUUUUUCCCUACCCGAAGGCUGGUUCCAGCAUCCCAUCAGUCAGUCUGUUUGUAGUGAACCUUUACGGUCCAGCUCACACUCUUGAGAUGCUGCCUCCCGACUCCCUCAGGGCCAGGGAAAACUACAUCUCCAUGGUGAGCUGGAUCAGCAGCACCCGGCUGGCGGUUCGCUGGCUGAAUCGUGCCCAGAACCAGUCGGUCCUCUGCGUGUGUGAGGCCACCACGGGGGCUUGCUCGGAGAAACACAAAAUGACCAUGGAGAUAAUGCAGAACCAGCGACAGGAUGUGCCUUUGUUCACGUCCGAUGGCUCAAUAUUUUAUACGGUACUCCCUGCAAAACAAGGCGCUCGUGGAGAGUUUCACCACAUUGCUGGUCUGACAGUACAGCCUGCCAUCCCCUCUGUCCCCCCUCGCUUCUUGACAUCGGGGAGCUGGGACGUCACCUCGCUCUGCGCCUUGGACGAGAAGGCUGGAAAAAUCUACUUUCUGAGCACAGAGGUAUCAAGAGAGAGCAGACACCUGUACAGUGCGGAUCUGAAUGGAGUGUUUCAGCGUCAUUGCAUCUCAUGUGACCUCAUUGAUGGAUGUGGCUUCUUCAAAGCUGUUUUCAGCCCCAAUCAAACCCACUUCAUCCUCUAUUGUUUAGGUCCAGGAAUCCCUAAAGUGACGGUUCACAGUACGAAGGACCCCUCCAGUUAUGUCAUCUUGGAGGAAAACAACCCCCUGUCCGAAGCUCUGGGCGACAAGAGGCUCCCAGAGAGUCUGUUUAGGACAGUCCAAGCAGACAACCAUGAUCUGCACCUGAAGCUAUCUCUACCUCAGGGCUAUGAGGCCAACCUGCUCCCGCUCCUCAUUAUUGUGGAUGGCACUCCAGGGAGCCAGACCGUGACGGAGGAGUUUUCCCUCGGCUGGCCUCAGGUCCUCUGCAGCACGCACAACGUGGCCCUGGCCUGGGUGGACGGCCGGAGCGGGGUGGGUCGCGGCCAGAAGACGGUCGCCGUGGAUCCUAGGAAGCUUGGCUCGCUGAGAGUCAAAGACUAUCUGGGAGUUGUUGAGUUGUUGAUGCAGCUGCCUUACAUCGACGAUCGAAGGAUAGCCCUCUUUGGAAAGGCAUUUGGAGGCUAUUUGACUCUUAAAAUGUUAGCCGCGACAGAAAACCUCUUUCAAUGCACGGCAGCUGUGGCACCAAUAACGGAUUUCAGGCUUUAUAGUGCAGCUUUUUCUGAAAGGUAUCUUGGGUUUCCAGCAAAGGAGGAGCAUGCUUACUCUACUGCCUCUGUCCUUGAAGAAGCCAACAAACUAAAAGAGGAGAACUUCCUUAUUCUCCACGGAACUGCGGAUGCGAGGGUCCACUUCCAGCACAGUGCUGAGCUCCUUAGCCGCCUGGUGAAGGUGGAGGCCAACUACUCCCUGCAGCUGUACCCUGAUGAGGGCCACGCCCUGAGAGAGCCACGCAGCGUCAGACAUUUCCAGCGGACUGUGGUGAACUACCUCCAGAACUGCCUGAAGCACAUCGCCCUUCUAGACGCCCCCGAGGAAGAAGAGGAGGAAGAUGACUGAGCCCAGGGGCAUCCGUCGCUUCAUCUUAAAGGACUCACGAUGAGGACUGUAUGCAACGGUCAUGCAUUUCAUUGGGUCAUAUUACCAGGAAUUAGAACGGAGGAGUGGGGUCCAAAAAGCAUCAGAUCAACUCCUGUAACCUCGGGGGGGAAAAAAUUCUUGUACUGUACGAGACGUUGCACACAAAUAGUUUUGCCGUUUUGUUGUUUGUCUGAGGAGCAGUUUGUUUACAAAAUUCACUGGAGGUUAUGUGGACGAGACUGCCACUGACUCAAAAGGUUUACAAAGCUUAUAAAACAUGCAUGUCAUGAUGGCUGCAUGAUGUUGAUUAUUGCAUUUUGAGGAUUUUCCAGGGUUUUGGUUUUUGUCUUCAAAGCUCAGAGCCGGGGCCUCAGAGUCCAGUUCCUGAGCUCCUCUGCAACUUUUAGGUGCAACCCUGCUCCAACACUCCUGGAUCAAAUUGGGAAAUUACCUCCUCUGCAUGUCAGUUUCUGCAAAGGCCCAUUUAAUUCAGCACUGGAACAUACGUGCAGCUAAAAGUUGUAAGACGACAGCUAAUGAGGAGUUGGAGACCCAUGGCUUAGUAUGUGCAAAAGCUGCAAGGUACAUACUGGCAGACAUUUUAAAAUGACCGGUUGCAUAAAAGAAACAUCCUAACACACUGAUUACCUUGAGAAAGAAGGUAAUCGGUCUGACAAAACCGAAUAUUUGGGGCAGUUUUUGACUAAAUAUACGUGAAUGCAAAACUUUAGGAAAAGCAUCCUAAUUGGUCCCUGGUCUGUUCAUAGCCUGCACGAUCUCAGAAUACAAUCAGAGCCAUGGUUGCAU